UUUUUUUUGACCACCGUGCGUGGUAUGGUUGUUUCAAUUGCGUGGCACGGAAUUGAAAACACCGGGUAUCUCGGCCACGGCACCGGUGAAUUUUAAAUACCCUGCCCCUCCUUUCUACCUGUUUACCGUUAAAUACAAUCUCAGCGAAUUAUUUUAUCCCUGUUGUGUUGUUUGUGUUCGUGAGUGUAUGCGCCACAGAUAUCGGUGCUUUCUUGGUCGUAAGACGGAUUUCUGGAAGUGCGUGUACAUGUCCAUCGCCGUGUUCCCGCUGUAUUGUUACGUUUCGCCGUUACCAUGGCGUUUCCAGCUACUCCACCGCGCGAGCUUGAAUUCAGUCGCGUUUUUCGAGCCAACACGAGAACCAGUUCACCAUUCAAAUUUCUAUAACACACACUUUACAUAUUUUGAAUACAGCGUCAAAUAUAGUUAUUAUUUUUAAAAGAACGUAAGGCAGAGGCCUAUCUCUCUCCCGAAGCCUUUGAGCUAGCACGCCUGAUAACAGUUGGCGGACGUGCGGAGAGUGCGCGUACUACAGGACAAUUUCCUGAUAUAAAAUCACACACGGAACAGACACUGUAGUUUAUAAACCGUAUUUUCGACGUCACGUAAUCUGUUGAGCUCUUUAAAAUGUAAUUGGUAGACACGUUUUAUUAAAGGCUAAGGUUUAGUGUGUUGAUAUCAAAGUUUGUUGACUGCUGUAGCUAUCAGCCAAGGCCACGGGCCCAUGCUGGCGCUUAGCUUAAAGAUAAUCAGACAUUGAUUAGCCGCUGUGCUCAAACAAACAUUUAGUUUUUCUGCUACUAAUGAUGGGCUGUCUGAAAAUGAAUGAUGACCAUAGUUGACAAACCUCCAGAGAAACCUGACCUGGAGUCAGUGCGGUUCAAGCACUCCAGCUCCCUCACACCUUUCUCCACAAGAGAUAUGGAGAGCAGUAGUUCGAGCUGGAGUGUUGGCCCCUCCGGCACUGAGAUUUCAAGGGCCAAGACUGCUUGCAUGGCCCCGACCAUUGGAGUGACUGUGAAUGGUAAUAACAACACAGCUCAAGUCGAAAGGCCUCGGGAACAAGUGGUAACGACCAGUGGAGAUGGCAUUGCUCCGCCUCAGAAGGUCCUUUUUUCCCCAGAGCGGCUUGGCUUGAAAUGGAACCAGGGCCACCGUAUCGGAUCAGGUCUGCAGAACCUUGGCAACACAUGUUUUUUAAAUUCAACCCUCCAGUGUCUAACCUACACGGCACCGCUUGCAAACUACAUGCUAACCAGAGAGCAUUCCAAAACAUGUCAUGAGCCUGGAUUCUGCAUGAUGUGUACCAUGCAAAAUCACAUCAUUCAGGUGUUCGCCAACUCUGGAAAUGUCAUCAAACCUAUCGGUGUGCUUAACGAACUGAAACGGAUUGGAAAGCAUUUCAGAUUUGGAAGUCAGGAAGAUGCCCAUGAAUUUUUAAGGUAUACAGUGGAUGCUAUGCAAAAGUCCUGCCUACCUGGGACCAAGCUGGACAGACAAACACAGGCUACCACUUUUGUACAUCAGAUAUUUGGAGGUUAUCUGAGAUCCAGAGUCAAAUGUUUAAAUUGCAAAGCAGUCUCUGACACGUUUGACCCUUAUCUGGAUAUUUCACUGGAAAUAAAGACCGCUCCGACACUUACAAAGGCAUUUGAACAGUUUGUUAAGCCUGAGCAGCUUGAAGGAGAUAAUGCUUACAAAUGCUCCAAGUGUAAGAAAAUGGUCACCGCCUCAAAGAGAUUCACCAUUCAUCGCAGUUCUAAUGUUCUUACCAUCUCACUGAAGCGGUUUGCCAACUUCAACGGAGGAAAAAUUACAAAGGAUGUGAGAUACACUGAGCAUCUAGAUUUGCGUCCCUUCAUGUCUCAGUCUCAUGGAGAGCCGCAGGUCUAUGUUCUGUAUGCCGUGCUGGUUCAUUCUGGCUUCAGUUGCCAUGCUGGACACUACUACUGCUACAUAAAGGCUAGCAAUGGGCAGUGGUAUCAAAUGAAUGACUCAUCCGUAUCUCUUAGCGAUAUUAAAGCAGUGCUGAACCAGCAGGCAUACUUGCUGUUCUACAUCAGGUCGCCUGAUUUGAAGAACGGAAGUGAUUUUGGUCAUGUGAACCAUACACCAGGUCAGUCAUCUCCGCGGCCAUCCAUUCCACUUAAGAUGAAUGGACCUCAGUACACCUCCUCUUCUUUCAUUGGCCCUCAGUUGCCACCACAUAUGAUGAAGAACUCAUCAUAUAUCAAUGGACAUGGUUCUUCAAAGGACUACCAUAGUGGUUCAAAGCCCAACAGAAACUUUGGUGGUGUGACCAAAGUAGGUUCUGGUCCAUCUCAUUCGUCCUCUUCUGCGUCUUCGUCAUCCUCUUCCACAUCUCAAUCCAACCAAAUUGUUCGACCCAUGGGAAUUCCUGACUCCUCUAAGAGGCCGAAGUUGACGUUUUACAUUGGUCAGGGCAAGCCUGUGAGACCCACCCAGACCCAAUCAAGUGCUAAUUGCUCCGCGUCCUCACUUUCUCAGUCCACAUCCACUAAUACUUUGAAGACUACCUCAGGCUUCCCACAGACCAAGCAGGUCAACGGAACUCACACUGGAGCUGCUUUCCUGGUUCCUUAUGGUCAGGAAUCCUCUGAAGAAUCCGAUCAAGAGGCUGGAACCUUGGAGAACGGAACACCUAAGCCUCCCAAGAUAACCAAUGGGAAUGGAGUAAAGGAUGAUGUCCAAGCCCACAAUUCCAGCUCGCUGCCUCAGCAUACCUCAAAGACAAAUGGAUCCAAUGGCUUUCCAGAAUUGCAUGGAUGUGAAAAUGGUUCAGGAUCUGCCCAUAAAUCUCAAAACGGCAUUCCCAAAGCCAAUGGUUUUAAUCAUACCGAUGAGGUAACUGGUACUUCACACACUUCCUCUCAAAUAACUAAUCCAUCCAAUAAUUCGGACUUACAGUUCGACUUGAAACCUGGAAACGGCGAGUCAUGCUCCAAACCACCAAGUACGGACCUUCACCAAUGUUCCUCACCCCCAAGCAAAAGAGAAAAACUUUCCUCCGAUUCUUUAGCUCACUCUUCUACGCAAAUGCAGUCUGCAAAUCCAUCAAAUGCCUCUUUGGUCUCUAAGACAGACAAUGAUGUGCAUGUCGAGGCAGCCUCAAAGAUCGAGUCGAAUCAGACCCAUGCUACCCACCCAGCGGUUCAGGUGAACCAUAGCCUUCAUGUAGGUGAUGGUCACCCAAGUCCACUUAGGUUAAAGGAGACGCUCAGGUGCACAGAAGGUGAAGUUAAAGAGUCAAAAUCCCCGCAAUUUGGAUCUAGUGAUGGAAGAAGACCAGUUGAAGACCGGAACAGGAUUGUAGAGCGUCCACACUUUUCCUCCACCCUGAAAGACAGGGAUAGGUACAGACAUCAUAGGGAAUAUGACGAUAGAAACAGGAACCGCUAUGGACACAGCCAUCGACAUGAACGAGAGUAUCAUCCUAUCAGGGAGCGCUCUACCAGCAGAGAACGCCAUUACAGAGAUCGUGAAGGGGAUCGACGCUGGGACAGGUACACGCAUCACUAUCGGGAGCACCCACACUCUCAAAGAAGAAUCAGGGAGGAGCGGGAUCGAAGCAGAGAUGGGAGAUAUGCAAGCGGACACGAUGCUUAUCGUUCAUCUGGACAUCACAACAAGGAUGGGUUUACUAGCAACUCCCAUCGUGGGACGGAUGGUGGUGACCGGGGACGGGCGAUCCAUACGGUCAGCGAGAAUAACUCAAGAACCAGACCUUCAUCUCCACGUUCUGUCAGCCCACUGUCUGGACAUCACAAGAGGAAACGCAGCCUGUCGGCAGACACAAGGGCAAGCUCUGAGUGCCGGGUUAAGAAAGCCAAAAAGAAGAAGAAAAACAAAGACAAACACAGACGCACAGAGAAAGACACAUCAGAGACGAAUGAGGACAGCAGCUCCAGGAGACAUAGGAGGAAGAAAAAAAAGAAAAAGAGAAGGAGGUGGGAUGAGGAGAAGCAUCAUACGGAAAAAGAUGCCAAUCACAGACGAGACGAACAUGAGUCUAGAUCGAGAAACGGUGGAGAAAGUCGCCAUCACAGCUCUGAAUCUCAUCACAAUGUCAACCGAGGAGACCAUCAUAAGGAGGACCAGCAAAAGCUCAAUGGACACAAAGCAAAUGGCUUGAACUGUUACAGUGGAAGUGAACCUGACCUCUGUCACACUGAGUUGGAGAAGGAUUCGAAACACAAACAUGAUACCACUGUCAACUGCACAAAGACACACUCGAAUAGAAAUGGAGAUGUUGAUGAUGUCUACCAUAGAAUCCUUGCAGAUGUUAAAGAAGUCACAAAUUCUCACUGAAGUGAAAUUGAUUUCUCUCUUAUACCUAAGAAUCUGAAACCACCCUUACAAGCAUGUGAAAGACAAUAUCUACAGUUACAGAGUUCCUGACAUGGUGCUUAACAUUUAAAACAUACUGUAUUUUUACCACAAAAUACAUUUUAAAAUGUCUUUUUUUCUUUUUAAGGCUAUGGACUUUUUUUAGUAUACUGUACAGAUAUGAACUUUGAUCAUGAGAAAAUUCUAUAUAAAAUUAAUAUAUGCGAUUAAAACAAAAGCCUGGAGCUUAACAUCAGAAUUGCUGCUCAGACAUAGACUCAGGAUUUUCUCACUUUGUGAAGAUGAGAUGUGUUCUCCCUUUAAGGAACCAAACCCGGGAAAGAAACGAACGUUUAUAUGCUGCAUCCACGGAGAAAGACUGCUCGUCUUUUGGCUUCGAGUUAUGAUGUCACCAUUUUCACAAAUGGGUCGAGAGAACCGUCUCAAAAGAGCAGACUUUGCUAUUGCUACAUGUGCACUUACAUUACAGUUAACCUGGACACACUUGAGGACAUAUAUUUGCUUUUGCUCUCUCUCUCUCGUACAUCUUUUUAGCAUCUCACUGUAAUAUUCUCCCUUUUGGAAAUUCACAAAUCAAACCUAUCUAGUAUGCAAGUUUAUUGCAUCUUUUUUUUUUGUUUUUAAUUUGUUUUAAUUGUCGACGUUUAGUUUUAUUGAAUCCAGUUUUAUUUUAGUCUGUGUAAUACUGUGAAUUUAAGUUGAACUGUACUAUCAGUUGUUUGUUUUUCAGUCCUGUAUCAGGAAUUCAUUAGACACUUUCUUAAAAGCCACUCAUGAUGUUAUCUGGGCAUAUGUCAAUGUUUUUGUUUUAUUAGCAAAAAGACGAAACGGUUAUAUUCAUUUUGCUGUAGCAUGUCAAAGUAAAUGUAUACAGUGUACAAUAUUUUGUGUGAGAGGAAACAGCCUUAAUGUCUGAUUUUCUAAUAUUUUCUCUCACCGUGUUUACAGCGUUUUGUUGGAGUGAAUGAAUAUGUAUGUGAUGAUGGGAAGCAUUUGGUUUUGUAAAGUGUGGGUUUUCCUUUUUACACAUAAAGAAUGACUUGAGAUUUCAGUUUUGUAUGAAAAAUGUUUUGUUCGGCCUUUAGUUCAAUUAUAAAAGGUUUGUUAAAACUGAA